AUGGAAAUAAGAAAUUACACUGCUGUGACUGAAUUCUUUCUCAUGGGCCUUUCCCAGUACCCAGAGCUCCGGCUAUUCCUGUUCCUGCUCUGCCUCAUCACGUACAUAAUAAUCCUCCUGGGAAAUAGUCUCCUCAUUAUCAUCAGCAUCCUGGAUUCUCGACUCCACACACCUAUGUACUUCUUCCUUGGAAACCUCUCAUUCUUGGAUAUUUGCUAUACAUCAUCAUCUCUUCCUCAAACUCUUGUUAUUUUUAUGGCUGAGAGAAAAUCCAUUUCCUUCUUUGGCUGUGCUCUGCAAAUGUUUCUCUCCCUUGGUUUGGGCUCCACUGAGUGUGUCCUCUUGGCUGUGAUGUCUUAUGACAGGUUUGUGGCCAUCUGUAAUCCACUGAGGUAUCCCAUCAUCAUGAACAGGGUGCUAUACAUGCAUAUGGCUGCGUGGUCUUGGAUCAUAGGUUGUGCAAACUCCUUAGUACAAACUAUCUUGGCAAUGGUCCUGCCUUUCUGUGGGAAUAAUGUCAUUGAUCAUCUUACCUGUGAGAUCCUGGCUCUUCUUAAACUCAUAUGCUCAGAUAUUUCCACAAAUGUGUUAAUCAUGGCAGUGGCAAGUAUUGUUUUAUUGGUGAUUCCUCUACUGUUAAUUUUUGUCUCCUAUGUGUUCAUCCUAUCUUCUAUCUUAAAAAUUAAUUCUGCUGAGGGGAGGAAGAAAGCCUUUUCUACAUGUUCAGCCCACCUAACUGUGGUCAUCUUAUUCUAUGGUUCAGCUCUUUUUAUGUACAUGAAGCCCAAGUCAAAGUACACAAAAGUAUCUGAUGAGAUCAUUGGGCUCUCUUAUGGAGUUAUAACCCCAAUGUUGAACCCCAUCAUCUACAGUCUGAGGAAUAAAGAUGUGAAAGAAGCUAUGAAGAAAGUCCUAAGCAGACACCUGCAUUUUUGGAAAAUAUAA